AUGUUUCAAACAUUGACUCAAAUAAGGGGUUUCCCGAGACUUUUUAAAUACCCGGUUGCUUUGCCAUUUUCUACAAAAUGGGGUCUCCGAGGAAUUCAUCAUGUACCGGAAAGCUCAUCGUAUUUUACAUCGAAUGCACGCUUUAAUGAGAUUUAUUUGUAUUUAGAGAAUCUACUAAAGUACGCUCCGAAAGUAUAUACUGAAGAACAUCCCCAAAUUAAGUGGAAAUCAUUACAGCAAUACCAGCAAGACUUUUCGGAUCCAAAAACGUCGAGGAUUGGUUACAGAAGGAUAGUUCGACUCCUUGAUGCUCUUAAUAAAAUUUCUCCUACUUAUAGGACCGAGUCAAUUCAACAAGUGAUUGACAGGUUUACUCAUCCUUCCGCUGAGGGACUUCAGUCUGAAAAGAAGCUUACGGUUGACGAAAAUGGCAUAGCUAUGGCAAAAGGAAAACGUAAAUCUAGUAAAGCAACUGUGAAGGUUAUUCCUGGGACUGGAGAAGUCUUUGUUAACGGCGCUCCCAUGGCUACAUACUUUCAACGCUUAGUACAUCGAAAGCAUGUCAUAUAUCCUUUGGUGGCUAGUCAAACACUGUCCAAAUACAACAUCUGGGCAACUGUUGGUGGAGGUGGACCGACCGGUCAGUCCGGAGCUAUCCACGCUGCAUUAACAAAAGCUCUAAAAGUUCACGAGCCUUCCCUACAAGAUGUUCUUCGCAAAGCCGGUUGUGUUGAGAAUGACAAGCGAAAGGUUGAGCGAAAGAAAACUGGACAGCCAAAAGCAAGAAAGAAGUACACUUGGGUCAAGCGUUAA